AUGAAUUUUUAUAUUUCUCGAAGUUUACAAUAUUUUCGUGUUCGUCAAUUUCAUCUUUUUUCAUUUAAUUUCCUUGCAAAACACAAAAAUAUCACACUAGAUAAGCUUAAUUCUAGACCAAAUUUAUCACUUAUAUUUAAUAAAAGAUACUCUUUAACUUUUGAUUUUAGCAGUCGAUUAUUUUGCAAAUAUGGAUCUUAUCGUUUUUAUACAACUAGUAAUACUAAUUUUGCAAUAGAACCUAAAGAAACGCCAAUUGAAUGGAAGACAUUUUCAUUCUAUUCCUUUAAUUGGAAUUUUCAGACCUCUCUCCAAGAAUUGCGAGAAAAUAUGUUAAGUCGUCUUGAAGAAAUGGGGAUAGUUGGAAGAAUUUAUAUUGGUUCCGAAGGAAUAAAUGCGCAGGUUUCUUGCCCUGAAGAAAAGUUAGAAGAAUUAAGAAAAUAUUGUGAAGAAGUAUUAAAUUUAAAUGACUUGGAGUUUAAUUUCUCAACAUAUCAUGUAAAGGCAUUUAGAAAAUUACAUGUUAAAGUUAGGAACAAGAUUGUCGCAGAUGGAUUAGAAUCCGAUUUAUAUGAUCUUUCCAAGCAACCAAAACACCUUGUACCAGAAGAAUGGCACAAAGCAUUAUCCAAUGCCAAAGGAUCCCUCACCCUAAUAGAUAUGAGAAAUCAUUAUGAGAGGCAAAUUGAACUUUAUUUUUCAAAUUUUCGCAGCGAGAUUGGUUAUUUUGAGAAUUCAAUACGACUAGAUGUGGAUACUUUCCGUGAUAGUAUCAAGGUCAUGAACGAAAUAUGCGAGGGAAAACAAAACGAAGAAAUUUAUAUGUAUUGUACCGGUGGCAUUCGAUGUUCUAAGGCGGGGUCCAUAUUACUUUCUAAAGGUUUUAAAUCAGUUAACAUGCUAAAGGGGGGAAUUACAGCAUAUGGACGGUUUGUUAAGGACAAUCCAUCAGUGACUUCCUUAUAUAAAGGUCGCAAUUUUACUUUCGAUAAGCGACUUGGCGAACCAAUUACAAAUGACAUCAUUUCUCAAUGUCACACGUGCGGCAAACCAUGUGACACUCACACGAAUUGCAGGAAUAAAACUUGCAAUUUAUUAUUUAUUCAAUGUGAAGAGUGCAAAAUUAAAUUACAACGAACUUGUGGCACUGAAUUUUGUUUACAAUUAAUUCAGGCUUGGGAUGAAAAGUAUGGCAGACCAUCAACGUUUGAUGAUGUGAAACCAGGUUUAGAGUGCGUUUAUGAUCAUGUACAUCGAACAAGACCCAAAUUGGUUAUCAAAAGGUUGGGCGGAACAGCAUCAGAUAUUUCAACGGAUAUUAUCCCAGACAUUAUAGAUCAAAGAGAUAAGCAAAUGAAAAAAUGA